AUGAACUUCGAAGACGCUCACGAGGAUCUGAAAGAAUACGACGUCCUGAUCGUUCCAGGCGGUGUAGGCGUAGAUGACGUGCUCAAGAAAGAGGCUGAGCCGAUCAAGCUCAUCCAGGAUUUCGCCAAGCUCCAACAGACCGACCCUAGCAAGGAGCGUACCCUUAUGUCCAUCGGUACUGGCUCUCUCAUCCUCGCCCACGCAGGCCUCCUGCAAGGCCUCGCUGCCACCACUCACCCAGACUACUACACCAAGAUGGAGAUCAUCUGCAAAGAAGCUGCCAGACGUGGAGAUCUUGAGCAAACGGACGUCAUGGAAGAGAACUACGUCGUUAAUAAUGCACGGUUUGAUCUUGGCGAGAAGCUCGAGGAGAACCCGUUUGUGCUAAACAAGAGGCCUGACGGUAGGAGGAAAUCAAUUGCGCGCAAGGGUAGCAAUGCUUGGAAGGAAUCAGUCAAGCGUCGGGAAUCCAAUGCUCGAAGGGCGUCGCUAAGGCUAGGGGGCCUGCGAGUUAUCACGAGUGGGGGGGUGACCAGUGGCUUGGAUGCGAGCUUGUAUCUUGUGGCGGCUAUGGUUUCACACGAGUCGGCUCAAGAGGUGGCAAGGGUGUUACAGUAUAGCUGGAACAAGGGUAUCACCGUCGACGGUAUUGACGUUUAG